CCCCAAUGAAGCCUCGGGCACGCACCCAGGUACGUUUUCCAAGGCACGUACCUAGUCCUUCUACCCAUAUUCGCCGACCCAUAUUCCUCUUUCCACGGGCUUUGACACGAGCACCGAUAGACGUAACUAAGGCUGGGGACUGAGACUCGUCCACCGUUUGCCCCUGUGCCUAGAUGGACUCAAGUUGGGGUGAGCCCGCUCGACCACUACAUUAAGAUACUGCAGAAGCGCUACACAAUCGAGAUGGCCAAUCUGGAACGUCGGCACCGACGUCUGGUCGGCCGAAACAUCGACGAUGAGGUUGAUGUACCAGGACCUGUGGCUAUAGAAGGGAAGAGAGGUUUGAGAACACUACUCAUGUUUGAAGCGGGAUACUCGAAUUCCACUAGUCUCAGGCCAGGCAUCAAAGACCACAGACCAAGAAGCCAGAUUGCAGCAGACAAGUUCCCAAUUAAUACAGUAAGGCAAGAAUCAGCCGAAGCUAUGGCGCCAAGCUGGGUAAUCAGGGAACUUCGCGACCACGGUCGUUGGUAUUCGGAUGCGAAUGCACGUUUCAAGUUGCUGGUGCGAUAACUGAUAUUGCCUGUGCCGCUCAUCCAAACACUCAAGGCUGACCAUCUCUAUCCUAUCUACGCCCGACAGCUUUCAAG